AUGGCUUGUUUUGCACGACUCGGCCUGGCAACUGUUCUGGCGGCGGCGCUGAUUGCGUGCGCCAUCUCUAGUGUCUACGCACAGAGCACCAUCAACAACGACAGUGCCGUAGCAGCGGAGGACAUCCUGAAGGUGCUCCAGGUGCAGGUGCUACAUCGCCACGGUGCCCGUGCCGGCCUGCCGCGCGAAAACACGACGAAGAUUUGCACGGAGUCGCCCUGUGGGUACCUUUCGUGGGCGGGUGUUGAGAUGCUGCUCAAAGUUGGCGGUUUUCUGCGAUCCCGCUACAACUCCGAUCCAUCCGUGGUGAGCUCGCCGAUGUUCGAGUCGCCGAACUACAACCUGGAUGUGGCUUACAGCCGCUCCACCGAUGUCCUGCGUACCCUGCAGAGCGCCGAGGCCUUCCUGCGCGGCUUCUUCCCCAAUAUGGACAGCCUCUACGCUGCUAUUCACACCGUGCCGGAGUCGGCGGAUGUACUGCUGAACAGCAACACGCAACCGUGGCUCAAGUUUUUCUACUCCAACAACAAGCGGCUUCUCCGCGAGGUAUGCAACCCGAGGACAGAUGAGCUUUUCCCCGACUGGAGGGAGAUUACAAAGAUUGGGGCAGAGAUCUACCAGGAAGGGUUCUGCAGCGACUACGAGACUCGCUCCGACUGCGCGCGCACGCUCUUUGAUAUUGGUGCCGCGAAGAAGGCCGUUGGCGAGCUGUCCCAGUACCCGCUGCUGGAGGCGAACUUCGAGAAGCUGAAGAGCAUCACAACUGUCCUGUUCGACUACGAGUACCACUACAACCACAGCGACCCGCUCAUGUUCAAGCAAGGCGGCCGCGGCCAGCCGUUCGCUCAGCAGAUGGUGACGAACAUGGAAGGCGUGAUGGCGGGAUCGAACACGUACAGGCUCAUGCACUACAGCGCUCACGACACCUCGCUGGGCCCAGUGUGGGGUACGCUCGGUGACCGCACCCCGGAUGGUAUGAUGCCGCCUUUUGCCCAGGUCCUUGUGGCGGAGCUGCUGCAGAACACGACGACCGGCGCGCACUAUGUUCGCAUCCUGCGCGGCUGCCCUGGUCAGAGCCCUGACACGAAAUUCGACUUUGCGUGGAAUUCAGAGUGGCAGAUGCAGUGUAUGGACGCCCUCGGCAUCGCCUACAAGGCGAAGGAGAACAUUUGCCCGUUCGCCGACUUCAAGCGGUUCGUGAAGUGGUCGGAGCCGGCGGAUGUGCGCGGCUACUGCUACCUUGACCAGGCCUCUAUCGACAUCGCGAACUGCCCCUCGGAAACGGUCGUCUACGGUACCCCCUCCAGUGUCCUGGUCCCCAGCACGUGCCAGUUCUACCGCUCUGCGUGCCCGCAGUUCGCUUGCGGGAUGGGUUACACCCUUAACAGCGUGAGUAUGCAGUGCGUCUGCUCCAAAGGCAGCUGCCUGGUCUCGAACACGACCUCAGGCGGUACGACCGGCAGAGAGAGCUACGCCGGUGCCGCCGUGAACACCGACGAGAAGGCAGUUACGCUGCACGACUCCAACGGCCUCAGCGCCGGCGCUGUCGCGAGCGUGUCACUGGCAGCCUUCUGCGUAGGAGCCAUCAUCGCCGUCGCCGCCACGGCCGCAGUAUGCAUGCACACAACGCGACGCUGGCACUAUCAGUUUAUGCACAUGAGGUCGGCAGUGACGGAGAGAAAUCAGCUCCGUGCUGAGCGGGAGGAGCCGACGAAGAACUUGGUGGAAGUCAUCUAG